GAAGUGUGCCGCGUUACCGCUCGCGGGGCGCCGUGGUGGGAGCCGCGAUCGCGCGCGCCUCUGCCUGAGCCGGCCCCUCCUGCACUGAGCUCCGUCACUCGGUGACUCCGGCUGCUCCGCCGGUCGCUUGGGCACCGGGCAAGUCCGAGCGCAGAGCCAGAGGGCGGCGAUUGCUGCGAGUCGCUGGAUGCUGCCCGAUGCCAGGCAAGGAUGAGGGGCGCGUACAUCCUCCGGUUCUAACCAGCGCGCUGACGGGAGCAUGAUCUGUGCCCAGUCCGGGGCUGCCAAGAAUCUGUACCAGAACAGGUUUCUAGGCCUGGCCGCCAUGGCGUCUCCAUCCCGGACCUCGCAGAGCCGACGCCGAUGCAAGGAGCCGUUGCGCUACAGCUACAACCCCGACCAGUUCAACGUGGACCUGCGGGGCGGCCCCCACGAUGGCCUCACCCUGCCGCGCUCCACCAGUGACACCGACCUGGUCACCUCCGACAGCCGCUCCACGCUGAUGGUCAGCAGCUCCUACUACUCCAUCGGGCACUCCCAGGACCUGGUGAUCCACUGGGACAUCAAGGAGGAGGUGGACGCGGGGGACUGGAUUGGCAUGUACCUCAUAGAUGAAGUGUUGUCUGAAAACUUCCUGGAUUAUAAGAACCGUGGAGUGAAUGGCUCUCAUCGUGGUCAGAUCAUCUGGAAGAUUGACUCUAGCUCUUACUUCGUGGAACCUGAAACUAAGAUCUGCUUCAAAUAUUACCAUGGAGUGAGUGGAGCCCUGAGAGCUACCACCCCUAGCGUCACGGUCAAAAACUCAGCAGCUCCAAUUUUUAAAAGCAUUGGUUCUGAUGAGACGGUCCAAGGGCAGGGAAGUCGGAGACUGAUCAGCUUUACUCUCUCAGAUUUCCAGGCAACGGGGCUGAAGAAAGGGAUGUUUUUCAACCCAGAUCCUUAUCUGAAGAUCUCCAUCCAGCCUGGGAAGCACAGCAUCUUCCCUGCCCUCCCUCACCAUGGGCAGGAGAGAAGAUCCAAGAUCAUAGGCAACACUGUGAACCCCACCUGGCAGGCGGAGCAAUUCAGUUUCGUGUCCUUGCCUACUGAUGUGCUGGAAAUUGAGGUGAAGGACAAGUUUGCCAAGAGCCGCCCCAUCAUCAAGCGUUUCUUGGGAAAGCUGUCGAUGCCUGUGCAAAGACUCCUGGAGAGACAUGCUAUAGGGGAUAGGGUGGUCAGCUACACACUUGGCCGCAGGCUCCCAACAGAUCAUGUGAGUGGACAGCUGCAAUUCCGAUUUGAGAUCACUUCCUCCAUACAUCCAGAUGAUGAGGAGAUGUCCCUCAGUACAGAGCCAGAGUCAGCAGACAUGCCAAACAGCCUCCUGGGCAUGGCGGGAAGCAGCAGUGGUGUCCUCACGAGUGAGGCUCCGGAGCUGGGUGAGCGCUCCAAUCCAGAGCCUGCGAGUGAGGAGGGCGAGGCGGACAGCGAGGGACAGCAGGCCGGGCCGGCUGAGGAGGCGGCUGUCACCACGGAGGUGGGAGAUGAUGGCAUGGUUCCUCAGGUACCAGAUGGGGUUGGGGAGCUCCUGGCCCCAGAACAAGACCCGCAGCCUGCCCUGAGUGCUGAACAACUGGCCGAGGAGCUGGAGCUGGGCGACGAGGCCUCUCCAUUAUUGCUACUGGGAGACGGCGAGACCAUGGACAGCAAAGAGGAUCCAGUAGAGGAGGACGCAGCUCCCGAAAGCAGGGCCAGAGGGGAGGAGGAGGCGGCGGCCGGCGAGGGGGAGAAGGAAGAGAAGCAGGAGGAGCUGGAGCCGGAGGGGGAUGCGACUGCGCUGGAGCUUGACGAGGCCCGGCUGCAGCUGCGGGGCUCCGUGAAGCGGAAGAGCAGGCCGUGCUCCCUGCCGGUGUCAGAGCUGGAGACGGUGAUCGCCUCGGCUUGCGGGGACCCUGAGACCCCCAGGACGCACUACAUCCGCAUCCACACGCUGCUGCACAGCCUGCCCUCUGCCCAGGCCGGGGGCUGCGCCCCCGAGGACUGCGCGGAGGAGGAGGAGCCCACCCUCAAGGACUCCUCGGAUAAAGACGCGCUCAGCGAGGUGGACACGAUGGCCACUGAGCCCCCGCCGGCGCUGGACGAGGAUGGGACAGGCCUCGGAGGGGCGACCCCAGGCCUGGCUGCCCCUGGCCACCCCAGGAGCCACUUUCGCAGCUUGGCCAACGGUGGUGGCCCAGGCACCGACGGGGACACGCAGCCCAGCACCGGGAGCGACAGCGACUCCAGCCCGCGGCAGGGCGGGGAGCAAGGCUGCGAGGGCUGCGACGGCUCGUGCUGCAGCCCCUCGUGCUACAGCUCCUCGUGCUACAGCUCCUCGUGCUACAGCCCCUCAUGUUACAGCCCCUCCUGUCACCACGGCAACAGCAGGUUCGCGUGCCACACGCGCUUCUCCUCCGUGGACAGCGCCAAGAUCUCGGAGAGCACCGUCUUCUCGUCCCAGGAGGAGGAGGAGGAGGAGAACAGCGCCUUCGAGUCGGCGCCCGACUCCGUGCAGAGCCCAGAGCCUGAGCCCGAGCCCGCAGGCGCUGGGCCCUGGCACGAUGGAGCGGACAGAACACAAACCGCCGACGCCCUGGAGUCCCCCAUGGCAGGUCCAAGCGAUCGGAGAGAAGGUGAAUGCCCUAUCCUCCAUAAUUCCCAGCCAGUAAGCCAGCUUCCUUCCUUGAGGCCUGAGCAUCACCACUACCCAACAAUCGAUGAGCCUCUUCCACCAAAUUGGGAAGCUCGCAUUGACAGCCACGGGCGCAUCUUUUAUGUGGACCACGUGAACCGCACGACCACCUGGCAGCGCCCCACUGCAGCAGCCACCCCGGAUGGAAUGCGGAGGUCGGGGUCCAUCCACCAGAUGGAGCAGCUCAACAGGCGGUAUCAAAACAUUCAGCGAACCAUUGCAACUGAGAGAUCUGAGGAAGAGUCUGGAAGCCAGAACUGUGAGCAAGUCCCAGCAGGAGGAAGCGGAGGUGGAGGAAGUGACUCUGAAGCAGAAUCCUCCCAGCCAAACUUAGAUCUGAGAAGAGAAGGCUCCCUUUCUCCCGUCAACUCACAGAAAAUCACCUUGCUGCUGCAGUCCCCUGCGGUCAAGUUUAUCACCAACCCUGAAUUCUUCACUGUGCUACAUGCCAAUUACAGUGCCUACAGAGUCUUCACCAGUAGCACCUGCUUAAAGCACAUGAUUCUGAAAGUUCGACGAGAUGCUCGCAACUUUGAACGCUACCAGCACAACCGAGACUUGGUGAACUUCAUUAACAUGUUCGCAGACACUCGACUGGAACUGCCCCGGGGCUGGGAGAUCAAAACAGACCAGCAGGGAAAGUCUUUCUUUGUGGACCACAACAGUCGAGCUACCACUUUCAUUGACCCUCGAAUCCCCCUUCAGAAUGGCCGCCUUCCCAAUCACCUGACUCAUCGACAGCACCUCCAAAGGCUGCGGAGUUACAGCGCUGGAGAGGCCUCAGAAGUCUCUAGAAGCAGAGGAGCCUCUUUGCUGUCCAGGACAGGACACAGCCUUGUAGCUGCUAUUCGAAGCCAGCACCAUCAUGAGUCAUUGCCACUGGCAUAUAAUGACAAGAUUGUGGCAUUUCUUCGCCAGCCAAACAUUUUUGAAAUGCUGCAAGAGCGUCAGCCAAGCUUGGCAAGGAACCAUGCACUCAGGGAGAAAAUCCAUUACAUCCGUACCGAGGGCAGCCAUGGACUUGAGAAGUUGUCCUGCGAUGCAGAUCUAGUCAUUUUGCUCAGUCUUUUUGAAGAAGAGAUAAUGUCUUACAUCCCUCUGCAGACCACCUUUCAUCCUGGGUAUAGCUUCUCUCCCCGUUGUUCACCUUGUUCCUCACCGCAGAACUCCCCAGGUUUACAGAGAGCCAGUGCAAGGGCCCCCUCACCAUACAGGAGAGACUUCGAGGCCAAGCUCCGCAAUUUCUACCGGAAACUCGAAGCCAAAGGCUUUGGACAGGGUCCAGGGAAGAUCAAGCUUAUCAUUCGACGAGAUCACCUGUUGGAGGGAACUUUCAAUCAGGUGAUGGCCUAUUCCCGGAAGGAGCUGCAGAGAAACAAGCUCUACAUCACCUUCGUUGGAGAGGAGGGGCUGGACUACAGUGGCCCUUCUCGGGAGUUUUUCUUCCUUCUGUCUCAGGAGCUCUUCAACCCUUACUAUGGACUCUUUGAGUACUCUGCGAAUGACACUUACACGGUGCAGAUCAGCCCCAUGUCUGCGUUUGUAGAAAACCAUCUUGAGUGGUUCAGGUUUAGUGGUCGUAUCCUUGGCCUGGCUUUGAUCCAUCAGUACCUUCUGGAUGCUUUCUUCACAAGGCCCUUCUAUAAGGCACUCCUGAGGCUGCCCUGCGAUUUGAGUGACCUGGAAUAUCUGGAUGAGGAGUUUCACCAGAGUUUGCAGUGGAUGAAGGACAACAAUAUCACAGACAUCCUGGACCUCACGUUCACCGUUAACGAAGAGGUGUUCGGACAGGUAACAGAGAGGGAGCUAAAGUCGGGAGGCGCCAACACCCAGGUGACGGAGAAGAACAAGAAGGAGUACAUCGAGAGGAUGGUGAAGUGGCGUGUGGAGCGAGGCGUGGUGCAGCAGGCUGAGGCCCUGGUGCGGGGCUUCUAUGAGGUGGUAGAUUCAAGACUCGUCUCAGUGUUUGAUGCCAGGGAGCUGGAGCUAGUGAUAGCGGGGACUGCUGAGAUUGACCUGAACGACUGGCGGAACAACACGGAGUACCGGGGAGGUUAUCAUGAUGGGCAUCUCGUGAUCCGCUGGUUCUGGGCUGCCGUGGAACACUUCAAUAAUGAACAGAGACUAAGAUUGCUUCAGUUUGUAACAGGAACCUCAAGUGUGCCCUAUGAAGGCUUUGCCGCCCUGAGAGGAAGCAAUGGGCUUCGGCGCUUCUGCAUCGAGAAAUGGGGGAAAAUCACAUCUCUCCCCAGAGCCCACACGUGCUUCAAUCGAUUGGACCUUCCACCUUAUCCCUCAUACUCCAUGUUGUAUGAGAAGCUAUUAACAGCUGUAGAAGAAACCAGCACGUUUGGACUUGAAUAAGGGAAUGGAGCCUCAUCGGACAUUGACCCAGCCAGUGACAUCACCGUUUUCCUCUC